UCCUCCUCACGCCUCGCUUACGUUAGCUGGGUGAAGCAAAGUGACCUUGGAUGGGAAGAGAAGCGAUGUGUGCAGAACGCUAUGGCAUGCUUACCCUUCCCUAGCACGAUGACACGCAUAACAGAACCAACCCAGCAGAGCAAAGCAGGAGAAGCAUAUACCUGGCACGAUGAUUCAGUACACAGCACCACUAUCAACGAUGGAGAUACAACAGAGAGAACAACACGACACGACGCUUGCUAGGAUAGUGAGCGUCAUGCCGUACGUACGGCAUUUGGAGAAAGUAGAAUCUAGGCCAGACGAGACACGGUUCGCCACGACAACGAGGCCACCGGGUGUUCGAAAGCAGGCGAUCGUGUCCCACUCGUAUCCCCUCAAAGGUAUGAUUGGACAAUGGGUGUGUACUAGGUUCCAGUCGAACGUGGAAAGGGGGGCGGCAUCGGCGGCGCGCCGUACGAAAGGUGCCCCCCCACCCCCGGGUUUCUGUCGUCCCGGACCAGUCAGCAUACACAGAAGCAACGGACAGAUAGGAAGGACAAGGGGAAUGGAAUGGAUGAGUGGUGGUGAUAGUCCUGAAUGGGCCUGUGCGGGGCUGUUGUUGGUCAAUCGAUUUCUUUUGGGGAGGUUGUUUGCUCCAACGAAAAACCAACAGCUGCACGAUAUAUUAACCUGCAGCACGUACGUGGUCGACCCGUCUACCCUGCGUAGCUACUUGGUACGAUUUUCGGCUGUUGUCAAGGGCAAGGGGGUGCAAUUUAUUUGUUUUGAGGAAAUCAGGAGUUCUGGAUGGAUGAGACCAGCCGAAGCUGACUAGGAUUGUGAACAUUGCUACAAUAUGUGCACAAUAACAAUCUGUUGUGGGAGAAUUGAAUGGAUAUCGUUGAGGAGGAGCUAUAGUGCGUGGCGUCACACCGUUACUCUCUUUCCUCGUGAUGGGCGGGUUAUCGCAUACUUAGCGCUGUCGUCGUUACCGUUGCCUUUCGACUAAUCCCCCUCUCACACUCUCCCUCUGUUGUCUUUGCCUCCGCAAAAGUCUUCAAACCCAGCCUCUCUCCGUGUCUCCCUCACGCUCGCUCACCCCGAUCUUUCCUCCCCC